CUCUCUCUCUAAAUGCAAAAAGCCCACAAGAUCCAAAUGGGCGGAGCAGUGCAAGGCUAGUCUUGUUUAUUGGUAGAGAUCGUUAUGAUUGCUCAAUUUCAUCGCUCUCACUUGACAAGCAACUCUGCCGCUCCCCACUCAGCAAGAUGUCAGUCGUUCAGCAUAACGAAGGAAGCUCGCACACGGAGAAGCAUCUCCACGAGACGGAGGCGCAACAACCUAUGAGCGCGCGAACUGCCACCAACGGCGAUGGCAAGGAGUAUGCUGGUGGAGAGAGCAUGAACCGAUACAUUACGCCGGGUGGGCACUUCGCCAACGAUGACCUGAUAGCUAUCGGAGCAUCGCACCGCAAAUAUGCCAAUCCUCUACCCCUAGGCGCAAUGUCCUUCGCAACAACCACGCUUGUUCUCUCGCUCUAUAAUGCCGGGGUGCAAGGAAUCACCGUUCCCAACGCGGUCUUGACUUUUAGUCUCUUUUACGGAGGGUUCGUGCAGUACCUCGCUGGGCUUUUGGAAUUCGCAAGCGGCAACACGCUCGGUGCUAGCAUUUUCUGCUGCUAUGGCAUGUUCUGGUGGGGUUUCUCAAUGAUCUUCAUUCCGUUCUUUGGAGAGAUGGGAACGUACGAUGGCGUUCCUGGAGUAUACUCCAUGAACGGCGCAAAUGCUGCCGAGGCAGAGAAUGCAAUUGGCCUUUUCCUAUUCAUCUGGCUGGGCAUCACUCUUGUGUUCACAGUCGGUGCUAUGCGCUCCUCGAUCACGCUCAUCGUCUUGCUUGUUCUGCUCGACAUUACCUUUUUGCUGCUCGGAUCCUUCUACUACACCGGCAAUACUGCAUUGGAGCGUGCUGGAGGUGGUUUCGGUAUCGCGACGGCCAUAGUUGCCUAUUACCUGGCAAUGGGCUCGUUCUUGACGCCUGCCACGAGCUACUUUACCCUUCCCCUCGGAAGCCUUGCCGUUAAGGAGUGAUGCUUUUCAUCGAGCCAACCGAAUCUCGGGGCUAUGCUUUCUGCACUGGUCGUGGCCGCGUCGUAGCGCAGUGGUUGUCGCCGGUACACGUCCAAUGCUUGAGUUGUCCUUCUCAGCGAAUUGAAUGCUCGUCACAACGUCCGUCGCGCUAUCGG